GGCUGCCGGUGCCCGGGGGCGGGCGGGCGGCAGGACAGCUGCCGGAGCUGAGCCCGAGUCGGAGCCGUGGCGGCCGCGGAUCACCGGCGCGGGCGCAGUGCCAUGAGGCAGCCCGCGGAUCCCGGAGCCUGAGCCCCUGUGAAGCCGGCAAUGACAAGCCUGAGUGGUGGCCAUGCCGGAAAACCCACUGACAUGCCAAAACCAUCAGCCCCCAGGGUGCAGGUGCAGAGGUCCGUGUCCCGAGACACUAUCGCCAUUCACUUCUCGGCAUCCGGGGAGGAAGAGGAGGAAGAGGAGGAGGAGUUCAGGGAGUCCCUUGAGGAGGGGCUGGGUGACCGAAGCAUUGUAACGGGGCUUGAAGCCAAGGAAGACCUCUAUCUUGAACCCUGUGGCCAUGACCCUGCUGGCCCUGCUGCCCAGCCCAGCCUGGCAGAUGAACUGUCUGUGUCCCCUGCCGUUUUGCCUGUGUCCAAGAACACUGUAAAGCUCUUGGAGUCCCCUCCUCGGGCAGUGCAAGUAUUCAGUACAGUGCCAUUGGCUCUGUCCCCAGGUGCAUCUUCAUCCGGGCCCUUAGCUAGCUCUCCCAGUGUGUCAUCCCUUUCUGAGCAGAAAACCAGCUCUUCUUCUACGUUGUCCUCUCCUUCCAAGUCUCCCAGCCUCUCAGCCAGUGCCUCGUCCUCCGCCCUUUCCAGCACAAAGCCCUUCAUGAGCCUUGUGAAGUCCCUGUCAACCGAGGUAGAGCCGAAAGACUCCCCCCACCCGCCAAGGCACAGGCACUUGAUGAAGACAUUAGUCAAGUCUCUGUCCACAGACACCUCCAGGCAGGAGUCAGACACUGUGUCCCAUAAGCCGCCUGACUCCAAGCUGAAUCUACACCUGUUCAAGCAGUUCACACAGCCACGAAACACAGGUGGGGAUUCCAAAACCGCACCCUCUUCCCCACUGACUUCUCCCUCUGACACGCGCUCCUUUUUUAAAGUGCCCGAAAUGGAGGCUAAAAUCGAAGACACUAAACGACGCCUUUCAGAAGUCAUAUAUGAGCCUUUCCAGCUCCUUAGUAAAAUUAUAGGGGAAGAAAGUGGCAGCCAUAGGCCCAAAGCCUUAUCUUCAAGUGCUUCAGAACUCUCCAAUCUGUCCAGCCUGAAUGGUCACUUGGAAAGCAAUAACAACUACAGCAUCAAGGAGGAAGAGUAUGAUUCCGAGGGGGACGGCUCUGGGAGUGACCCCAGCGUCCCCAAGAGUGACCCCUCAAAACCCACUGAUGAGCCCACAAGAGAGGCGGAACUGAAAAGCUCCCAGGUGAGCAGCCUGAAGGAUUUAGGCCUGAAGACUGGUUCUCUAGUUCUUGAGAAAUGUUCUUUGUCUGCCCUAGUGAGCAAAGAAGAUGAAGAGUUUUGUGAACUGUACACUGAGGACUUUGAUUUGGAAACAGAGGGCCAGAGUGAUGCUGGCAAGUUCCCAGAUAUCCCCCUGAAGCCAGAGGUGCUGGCGGACGAUGGUGCGGCUCUUGACAGCGAAGAGCAGGUAGACCCGGCCACGCAGCGCCCGGAAUUACCAGUGAAGACGCUGGGCUUCUUUAUAGUGUGUGUCUACGCGUACCUCAUCCUCCCCCUCCCCCAUUACGUGAACGGACUCUUUCUGGGAAUUGGCGUUGGAUUCAUGACUGCAGUUUGCAUGAUUUGGUUUUUUACACCACCAAGUGCUCAUAAAUAUCACAGACUACAUAAAAAUCCAGGACGGUGGAACACAAGGUCUCUGGAUAUCAAAGAGCCUGAAAUACUUAAGGGAUGGAUGAAUGAGAUUUACAACUAUGAUCCAGAAACUUACCAUGCAACUUUGACACAUUCAGUCUUUGUUCGGCUUGAGGGUGGGACCUUAAGACUUUCAAAGCCUAAUAAAAAUAUAUCCAGGAGAGCAAGCUAUAAUGAAACAAAACCAGAGGUCACCUACAUCAGCCAGAAAAUCUAUGACCUCUCAGACAGUAAGAUUUAUCUUGUACCUAAAAGUUUGGCUCGAAAGCGAAUCUGGAAUAAAAAGUACCCUAUUUGUAUCGAGCUUGGUCAACAAGAUGACUUUAUGUCUAAGGCCCAGACUGAUAAAGAGACCUCUGAAGAAAAGCCACCAACUGAGAGAGAGCUGGGAGGGGAGGACCCUAAGAAGCCGUCCCAUCCUCCUGAGGGAACAAGAGCUGGCCAGCGAGAUCAGAUACUGUAUCUCUUUGGGAGAACUGGCAGAGAAAAAGAGGAGUGGUUUAGGAGAUUUAUUCUGGCAUCUAAGCUGAAGUCAGAACUCAAGAAGCCACCUGGUGUCUCUGGAAGUAAACCAGGGCUUUUGUCCUCACACAGCAGACACAGCAGUCCCUCGGGGCACCCAGCCCACAGCCGCAGCAGCAGCAAAGGCAGCGUGGAGGAGGUGAUGUCCCAGUCAAAGCAGAAGGAGCUCGUGGGCGGUGUGCGGCAGAAGGUGCUUCUGGACUACAGCGUGUACAUGGCCAGAUGCAUCCCCCAAGAGGACCAAAGCCCCCGGAGGAGCCCUGUGCAGAGCGCUGAGAGCAGCCCCACGGCUGGGAAGAAGCUGCCGGAGGCACCACCCACUGAGGAGGAAGAACAGGAAGCCUGGGUGAACGCCUUGCUUGGAAGACUGUUUUGGGACUUCUUAGGAGAGAAAUACUGGUCUGAUCUGGUAUCUAAGAAAAUCCAAAUGAAACUCAGCAAAAUAAAGCUCCCCUACUUUAUGAAUGAGCUAACUCUGACGGAACUUGACAUGGGGGUAGCUGUGCCAAAAAUCCUUCAGGCCUUCAAGCCUUAUGUUGAUCACCAAGGACUCUGGAUCGAUUUGGAAAUGUCCUACAAUGGGUCCUUUCUGAUGACUCUCGAGACCAAAAUGAAUUUGACCAAACUAGGUAAAGAGCCUCUUGUUGAAGCCCUGAAGGUUGGAGAAAUUGGCAAAGAAGGUUGCAGGCCCAGGGCAUACUGUCUGGCUGACAGUGAUGAGGAAUCCUCCAGCGCUGGCUCCUCCGACGAAGACGACGCGCCAGAGCCCAGCACAGGAGACAAACCACUUCUCCCAGGGGCUGAAGGGUAUGUUGGAGGUCACCGAACAAGUAAGAUUAUGAGGUUUGUUGAUAAAAUUACCAAGUCAAAAUAUUUCCAGAAAGCAACGGAAACAGAGUUCAUUAAAAAGAAGAUUGAAGAAGUCUCCAAUACACCCCUGCUGCUAACUGUAGAAGUACAAGAAUGUAGAGGAACCUUGGCGGUGAACAUCCCACCACCCCCGACUGACCGAAUAUGGUAUGGUUUCCGGAAGCCGCCAUAUGUAGAGCUGAAAGCGCGGCCAAAACUUGGAGAGAGAGAGGUGACUUUAGUUCAUGUGACAGACUGGAUAGAGAAGAAACUGGAGCAAGAGUUUCAGAAAGUUUUUGUCAUGCCAAACAUGGAUGAUGUUUAUAUCCCUAUAAUGCACUCGGCCAUGGACCCUCGCUCCACCUCCUGCCUCCUCAAAGACCCACUAGUGGAGGCUGCUGAUCAGCUCUGAUGGGUGAAGAUCUGACGUUCCCAGUAUUAUGAGACCUGGCUCAACGUGUGGGGCUCCUGGCUGCCAUCUGCUGUAGCACUGUGCCACAGCUUUCGCCCUCUGCCUGCCGGUGCCCAUUCCACUGUGAGGUGUCAGUCAUUCCACGCAUCCAGCGUCUGGUGUCUGGAUUGCCUGCUGCAAAGCUUUGACUCAGCAAAGUUGACUGGGAGAAUCAUCACAGAUUCAGAGGUUAUAGGUGACUCACACCCUGGCUUUUUGGCAUCUACCAGUUUCUGUGGCAGAAGAGCACAAGAAUGUGGCUAUACAACUGGAAGGCUUCCCUUUGCCUCCAUGACUCCUCCACAGCUUUUCCUCAGCCAGUCAGGGCACAAUGGAAUGUUUUCUCACUUCUAGUUUGUGUGUGAUGCAGCCCUCCACUCCCAGAGAAUGUCAAUUCAGUAACAUGCUUAAGAGGGUGGGGAGUGGAAUUGUGGAACCAUUUCAUUGGUGAUAAAGAUACACGCAUAGCAACUUACUUUUUUUCAUAUUAAAUUGUGCUUUUGGAAGCAAGUAGCCAUAGAACACUCACACACUAUCAGCUGGGGUGAGGACAGUGGGAUUAAUGUGAACAUUAGGCAAAGCCAUGAGAUCAAACCAUCCCAAGCCUUUUAUCAAUGAGGUACAAUCAGUCACCUGGUUUCUAAUCCCAAAUGUUUUCCUGAAACAUGAGCAUACAUGAAAAUGUCAAACACUGCACAUGUCUGCACUGGGGUGGGCCCAGAAAGCCAGAGCUACUAUCUUUCCAUUUGGCACACCCUGUUUCUGGAAGCUUUACAUAGGCAUCUAAAUGCUUUGCAAUUUGUGGGCCAUUUCCUUUUCUGAUAGCCAAAAUGGAGAACUACCCUCUAUCAUUGUUAGAGUGAAGACUGAGUUUGCUCAACAUCAAACACUAUAUUUAAACUAAUGUGACCUCCUUUACUGUUGCCAACUUUACUUUGUGCAUUUGUGUCAGAAUACUUAGUUUACAAGUUUGGGGGCUUUGUAUCAUUUGCUUUGAGUACACUUAAAAUACAAACUUUGUUUAAAGCUGAAUUCAGCAUCAAAAUUACCUUGGGUACCUUGGGUAAUUUUGAUAACGUAAUGUGUGGACAAAGCUAAUAGUGAUUUUUUAAACAGCACCUUGCCUGAACAUACCUGUAAAGAAAUUAAUAUAUUGAAAAAUUGUAUUUGAACCCUUACUUUAAUUGCACCAUUAAAACAUUUGACUUAAAUUAUUUGA